ACUUUGGUGGGCUCCCUGUUCAACACCCCAAGAUAUCCCUUACCUUCAUUUUUCAUCAAUCUCUCUCUCCCUUUCAUGCACCGCAUCUUUUAAAGCAGUUUCUUAAUCUGACUUCAAUCCCAACAAGGCAACAACUGUUUUUUAGUUUUACAACUCAAUUUCAAGUCAUUAAAACACAACAAACCCGAAGUUUUCAACUUUUGUAACAACAACUUGGUCUUGCCUGUUCUUUACUCGUUGUAAUGAGCUCUUGAUUUAUAUCUCAUCAAAGCAGCAAAUUAUUACAAACCCAUUUUGUAAGAUCUCUUACCUCACCCAAAAAUCAAAUCUUGAUGGGGUACCUUUCUUGCAAGGCUGACUCGGCUAUCUCUGUAAUCUCCACAAAGUCUGUUGCUUCACAGCAAACUCAGUCCUCAAAAACUAGUCAAAAGCAAGAGAAGCCUAUCAAGAUCCAACAGUUUUUUUACAGUGACCUUGAAGCGGCCACCAAUGGUUUUUCUGACCAAAGACUUCUGGGUAAAGGCAGCCAUGGAUGUGUCUACAAGGCUGUUCUACGUGGUCGUCAAGUGGCUAUCAAGAAACCCUCCAAGAAUCAAGAGAUCAGCCUUGAAGUUGAUAAUGAGAUUGAAAUCUUGUCCAAUAUUAAUAGCCCUCGAUUGGUGAAUCUCUUGGGCUUUUCUAAUGACUCAAAAGAUCGUUUGUUGGUCGUUGAGUUUAUGUCUAAUGGUACUCUAUACGAUGUUCUUCAUUCAAAUCAUAGGCCAUUGAAUUGGGGUAGAAGAAUAAGGUUGGCUUUGCAAGUUGCUAAAGCUAUUGAAAUACUUCAUUCAGAAAAGCCUCCAAUUAUUCAUAGAGAUAUUAAGUCAGCAAAUGUGUUGAUUGAUAGGAAUUUCAAUGCUAGAUUAGGUGAUUUUGGGUUGGCUUUAAGGUGUGGCGUUGACAAUUAUAGGCUUAGAUCAACUCCACCUGCUGGGACUAUUGGAUAUCUAGAUCCAUGUUAUGUGACCCCUGAUAAUUUGAGUACAAAAACGGAUGUGUUCAGUUUUGGAAUUUUGUUGCUGGAGAUUAUUAGUGGAAGAAAAGCCAUUGAUGUUGGAUUUUCUCCACCUUCCAUUGUGGAUUGGGCGACUCCUUUGAUAAAGAAAGGGAAGAUUGUUGCUGUCUUUGACCCGCGAAUUCCACCUCCUAAGGAUCCUAUUGUUAGGAAACAAUUAGCUGUGAUUGCGGCAAGGUGUGUGAGGUCUUGUAGGGAAAGGAGGCCUACAAUGAAAGAGGUUGUUGGUUGGUUAACUGGGUUGAGUAAAUUGGUUCCUCUGCAUUCGUGGAAUGGGUUUAACAAUCCAUGUUUGAUGGUGGAGACAAUGGGGCGCCCGGUUGAAGUUAGAAAAACACCACAAGAUGGUGUUGGAGGAGAGAGUUUGGAUGUGGUAGACGGUAGAUUCAAUAGGAUGACAAUGAGAGACUCGCGGAGAGUGUAUUCAGAUUUGGGUUUGAGGAGCAAUUUGAUGGAACUCAUGGCUGGUACUGAUGAGGAGCAGGAAUUUCGAGAAGGGGCUGACGGUGUUGAGCCAAAUAUGAAGUCAGCGAAACGGGUUUCUAGUUCAAGAUUUGGUAGUGGAAGAUACAUUAACAAAGGGAGAGCUCAAGCACGGGCUCAAGUUAAUGACAAAGGUGGCUUCUCCAGCUUCAGGAGAAACCAAUCUGUUGGGGAUGGUUCAGAAUUGUUUUCAAGAAGAGCUGACAAGAAUACUCAGUUGAUUAUUAGUUCUCGGGCAACUAAUGAAGUGUAGUAUUGCUGCAAACAUUUGAUUCAAGUGAUUCGGGUAUGGAGCAAAGUUGUGAAUGUAAGCUUGUCAUCCUUGCAAAUAACAUUCAUGGUAUCUAAUUUCUCUGUGGGAUUUUCUACCGUUUUGUCAUUUUUUUCCAGUGUUCUUUCAAUUGUUAAUGUACUGUCAAUUUUAGCAUAGAUAUAGAUCCAGUGGACAUUUCUCAUGUUCCCUAUAGGUUGUUAAUCCUUUUUGUUUUUCUCAUCUUCAUUCGGCAAAGCUUUUGUAUGAUAAAAAAACUCUGUUCUUACAUACAUAAAGCUGUAUCAAAAUUCAUCA